GCUAACAGAAGAAGAGGGAAAAGAAGAGAGCUUUCAGACGGCACAAACUUGGUACAUGGAUUCGUUAUCGGUUAUGGAUUUACUUGACGAAGAAGCGAUUGCGACACUAAAAGCUGCAAUGGUUGGAGAAGACUUGCUGCUGUCACUCUCACGAGAUGACAUCAAGGAUCUGUUUCCUGGUCCUGAAAACUUUCUGCGACGCAGGGCUAUAUGGCUUGUAGUCAAUAAAGAUGAUAAGGUGGAGACUGCUGAACUACCACAGCCAUCAACAACUGGGGGCAGUGGCCUGUCUCGAGAAGAGCCCAAAACUUCCAAAUUUGUCACUAUAUCUAGACCAGAAUACAUUGUCUUCACAGACAGUGAACUUGAGCAGGUGCGACACUUCCACUUCGACCAGAAACGGCUGGGGUCAGCAAAUGUUUUUGAUUUAUCGAAGGAGCUCUUCUGCCGGCUAAUUAGAAACACCAUGACCAACAUGAUAUCUAUCGCAAGAGCCACAGAUGAUGCCAGGUACCCCACCAGACCUGAAGUAGAUGCCAUGGCGAAGAGACUGGUGGAGUACUACCCAAUGCUAAAACACUGGGAGCAUGUUGCCAAAAAAUUAAUGAAAAGACUUUCAAAUGUGAGAAGCCCAAUGAAGCCAAAGGCACCUCUUUCGAAGAAACCACGUGAAGAGUUUGACACAAUUAGCGACCAUGAUGCCGAUUCCAGCGCAUCAACUGCCAUUCUGGAUGAGUCCCCAGUCAGAGCCAGCACCCCAGUGCAACUCCUGGAUAGCGAUGAAGCAUCUGCAGCUUGUUUGGAUAGCCAGAAAACACAAGCCAGGCAUUACAAAACACUCCAAGAACUGUACCGGUCUAAGAAGCCCAACAAAGCUUCAGUCAUCCAUUUACUUAACCUGGAGUUUGAGUCACGGAGGCGCUUCAUCGCCGAUGCUUUGAGGGAGCAAGACAGGCCAAUGAAGAUUUUGGAGGCUUAUCCAUGUUUUAGAGAAGUGGAUCAUGUCCUUGACGAGUUGCAGAGGAUCAUUCAGCCAUCCAAUGCCUCUUACAUCUCAGAGAUGAAGGAACGAUGGGGCAACUUCUGUUCGAAGGUCUCGUUUUACGGGGUCAUGAAAAAAGCAAUGAAACCGCCAAAGACCUUGGAUGGAGUUGAACAUGCCACAGCCGUUUUCAGAGCCCUGCCGUUGCUCUUCCCUUCAAGCUUCAUUCCACCAAAGAAGUUGGGUGCAAGCAGCGAGGCUCUUUUUCAUGUCCUCACGGCUUCAGAAGACCCUCAAUCUUUUCUGCGCCAGCGGCCCUUGUCUUCUCCUGUUCUGCUCCUCGCUGAAGACACCUGCAUGAUUGCUGUAGGAAACAUGCCAGUGACCACCUUUGACAGUAGCAAGUUUUAUGAGGGCCUGCUCUACCUUUUGGGGUACUAUUACGCUCUGCACCUCACAGUGCUAUGA